CAUUUUUUGUCCUCUCUCUCUCUCCUCCCUCUCUUUCUCUCUCUCUCUGCAACCGCCGACGCUUUUCCUUGUUGGGAGGUUUUUAUUCGAUUUUCCCAGCCCAGAAGCAAGAAAGAAGGGGGAAAAAGGAAGAAGAGAGAGAGAGAGGGUUAGAGUGAAUUCCUUCUGUUGUGCCUCUCUCUUUCUCCUUGUUUUCUGCUGUUUGUUUCCCUUCUUUUGUAAGGAAGCACAGAGAAGAUAUUCCGUCCAAGCUUCGUAAUUUUGAAUAUUAACACGUUUUGUUGCGCUCGGUCGGACUUGGGUUGUUUCUGGGUUUUGAGGUGUUGGUUUCCCGGUGAAGAUGAUGGUCGCUAAUAGUUUUGAUCUUUGGCAGAAGGAUGCGUUCUUCUCUGCGGCCGAGGAGGUUCAGGAAUCCGCAGACACAAUGGAAUCGGUAUACAGGAAGUGGUUACGAGAGAGAAGGGAAGGGGUAGGAAGUGAGGACUUGAACGAGCUACGCAGGGAGCUUCAAACCGCUUUAGGCACCGCAAAAUGGCAGUUGGAAGAGUUUGAGAGGGCUGUCAGAUUGAGCGAUGGGAACCAUUCUGAAGACAAUACAACAACCAGGCAUAGACAAUUUGUUGAAGCAAUGGAGGACCAAAUAUCACGUGUAGAAAAUGCUUUGAGGGAAUCACUUGAUGAGGAAGGAAAGCAACCCCUUCGAUGGGUAAACUUGGAUGAAGAAGAACGGGACGAUUUGGCAGCAUUCCUUGUUGGAACUCCAGGAACAUCCCAGAGCACGAAGGAGCUGCAUAUCGACCUCAAACCUUCAACAACCAAUAGCUCUUUUCAGGGGAACAAACUAAUAAGAAAAUCUUCAAACUUUGAUAUUGAGGCUGGGUCCAAAAUAGAUAUGCCCAAUGAUGUAAAGGGUUUUAAGGAAGAGACGGAUGCUAAGCAUGUAGUAGAAUUAGAAGAUAAAGAAUUUCCCAGAGAAAGGGAUGACUUGCACCGACAAGCAGAGAGAUUUAAUAAUCAUAGGAGAAUAUGGAGUUCACCAAACUUUGGGUAUUGGAAGAUUGCAAUUGCUGAUGACGAUGAGCAAAGGAAGACACCAAGGGAGAAUGUUGAAUCUCCUACUAAAGGAAAGGAGUUCAAAUAUGUUAUUCGCAAGCAAAGGGGUAGCGAGCAACUCGAGGCAAAAGGAAGGGUGUUGAGUUAUACAGACUUGAGAGGUAUAAAUUGGGUUAAUCAGGGCGGAUGGAUUGGUGAGUUUCAAAGACGACUACAAGGAACACAACAGCAACUUAGUUGUUCCCUCCAAUUUACACUUGUGCUAAUGCUAACUAUUUUCUUAAUUGUGCCAUUUUUACUCUAUGCAACUUAGUGCAUCUAAAAAUUGAUUAUUCAGAAUUCAGCUUUAGAGGUUCUUAAAUCCAUUAACCAUGGAAGAAGUUUUUCCAAAAGGUGGGUUCUUCCUUUUUGGAUAUUGGAACUAUGUUACUCCCCCGCUGACUCUCAAGAAAUACUUUUAAGCAGGAUAAGAGUUCCCUAUCCUUUCCUUUUGAAAGCAGUUCAAUGAUGCAUGAAACCUGAAGUCCAGAAGUGCUGGUAGUAAAUACGAAAUACUUCACAUCAUUAGAUUGAAGAAAGGUUGUUCAGAUUAUCUGGAGCCAGAGCAACGGCUCUAAGUUUCUUUGUAUCCUCUGAUUAAUUAUAUGGUUAAAAUUGUAAACAAAGGGAGUCUUAGCUGUUGAAUGUUGUUUUUUUCUUCUUUUAUGUAUUCAAUACCUUGAUCUUUUUCUGCAAAUGUUAGAUCUUUUGUGUGCGUGUGUACGCGUGCGUAUAGGGCUGUCAA